AUGAUUAGAAAUCGUCCAACAAUUAACUCAAAAGAACUACUCAGCAUUACUCAAAAUAUCAACAAUAAAGAAAUUAUAUUUGACAAUUUAAUUGAUUAUACUGAUUUAAAUAAUCCACUGAAUACAAAGCAGCGCAUACCUGAUCCAAAGUCAAUUCAAAAGUGUUCUACCGUUUUAAACACACUAGAAAAGUGUAUUUCUAAAGAACGAUCAGUAAAACUAACAGUUCCAAUUCAAAUAUUGAAUUAUUUCACAGAUUUAUCAUCAAAAUCAUCUGAUAUUUAUGCAAAAUUAGAUGCGGAGAAAUUACUUUUAACAAAGGUACGAUUACAAAUGAAACAGUUUAAUACAUCACGUAAUGAUAAGCCUCCAGGACUUUAUGAUAUGACAUGGAUUGACUAUUUAGUUCUGUUUGUCGAUCAAACAAUUAAACUUCUCAAAAAAUGUAUUGCAAAUCUAUUUGGUGAUACGAAGCUUCACACAGGCUUACAGCUGAGUAGUGAAAUUGAAGCAUUGACGCAUUAUAACACGCUGAUGUAUUCAACUGAACAAUUAAGCGUUGAAUUUAAACCUCACAACUACAUUACAGAAGUUAUGAAGUCAAAUAAUAAUGAUGAUGAAGGUGGAGAGCAUUUCGACUGGUACGAUAAAUUAUUUCUUGAAACACGUAGUCGAGAAACCAGUGUGCUGAAAGCCUACUUAUCUGGUAAUUCAAAACUUCCAGGAUUAAUUUAUGGACCAGCAGGAAGUGGAAGAUCUAGUCUUCUUCGAUGGGCAGUACACACAUUUGAGCAACUUCAUUAUAAACCAAAAUCUGCUGAUCGAUCAACAACACAAACACCAAUAUCGAAUCAAACUCCAAGCGCCUCAUUGACUCAACAGCCCACAAUAGAACCAAUAGUAAUUGUAUGCUGUAUUGGUCGUACUUGCCUGUCAACAUCGUUACAAUCACUUUUAGUUCAAAUUAUUGAACAAUUAGCAUUAAAAUUUCAAGUAGAACAUGAAAGUAUAAAAUCUCUGUGUGAAUAUGCUGAAGCAGUUCGACUAUUGAAUACAAUGUUAAAUUAUGCCAGUGCACUGAGACCAGUACUCAUAGUUAUAGAUGAUAUUGAAUACCUAUAUCCUGAUGAACAUGUACAAAUGUUUCUUUGGUUACCGUAUACACUGCACAACCAGUAUACUCGUAUACUAAUGACAACAAGUGCGACAAGAAUUGUUAAAGGUUUUAAUAAUCGAUUCGGUGAAGGUUGUUGUAUAACUCUGUCUGCUUUCUCUCAAAUACAACAUGUAAUUACCACGGUUAUGCCUAGACUGAUACAAAAGAAUCUUAAAGAAUUCGGUGCAGAAGAACAGACCAGUCUAAAGUUGACUCAAUCUGAACAGGAUAUAAUUAAUACAGCAUUACAAAAGAAUAUAACACCAAGUUAUAUAAAAUUAUUAGCUGAAAUAAUCGCUGUAAAAUUGACCGGUAAAGUUGAUGUUAACCUACCAGAAACACUGCCCAGUGAUAUAUCCCACUUAUUUGUUCUACGCUUACAACAAAUCCAGUAUACGCUGAAACAACAAGGACUGCUUAGUGUUGCAUUGUUACGUAUUCUACCUUACAUAGCCUGUUCACGAUUUGGUUUAACAUUCUCUGAAUUAAUUGAAAUCCUUCAAAGUGAUAAUGAUGUCCAACAGGUUAGAAAACGAUCGAAUCAGGUGAAUUCCCUACAACAUUUCCCUAUUGGUUGUUUACAACACUUAAUUUAUUCCUUAAAAUAUGGUUUAGUAAAAUAUUUAAUGUUUAUCACAACAGACAAUCGAUUGUUGGUGACAUUCACAUCUGAAUCAAUUCGUAAAGGUGUGCUAAUCCAUUGGGGUUUCAAUACUGAUGAUUUAAUGAAUCAUUCACAAACUGAAGCCAGUGAUGACUAUGCAUCCAAUGAGAAUAAAGAUGAUGCUGAAAAGGAUCAGAUGAUUGUAGCUCCAAAAGAGUUUACCUUUCAUAAAUAUUUAUCAGACUAUUGGUUAGGCAAUUCCAGUGGACAAGAUGACUAUGAACAACAACAGCAACAACCUCAACAAAUGAGUCAUCAAUAUGAAAGGAAAGCGAAUACAUCAGACUACAAUGAUGAUUCAUUCAAUACAAUGUAUUAUUGGAUGGCUUCAGAAAAACUGAACACUGUUCAGUUAAAUAAAGGAAAUGCUAGUGUAGUCACAGGUACUUAUGAUAAACGUUACAUUUGUAAUGCACGCCGGCUUACAGAACUACCCUAUCAGUUAUUACAAGCAGGUUCAGAUAGUGUACAAGAUAUACUCAAACAUGUUAUCUUUUCAUUUGAUUAUAUACUGGGUAAAAUGCUGCUGGGCUUAAGACCUAAUGAUGUAAUUACAGAGUUUUAUUAUAUGCGACAAUUAAAUCAAUUGAGAACAAACGAUGAAAUUAUGUAUUUAUUAGGCCUUAUACGAAGUUUAUCAACAAAGUUAUCACUGGCGCCAACAUUGCUAAGUGUUGAACUAGCCGGCCGAAUUGGACAUUUAGCUAAUUCAGAAUAUGUGAAUAUAGGUCGCCAGUUACUCAACAGUAUUGAUUAUGAUUCAAAUAAAGUCAACUGUCUCUUGCCAUUAUUAUCAAUAUGUUAUACGCCACCAUUACAACCGGAAUUGUUACAAGUGAAAUACACGAAUUAUGAUGUGAAAUAUUCAUCUCCAAGGGAAUUACAACAACACGAAAGAAAAGAAGUGAUAACAAUAUCUUCAGAUUCGAGAUUUUUAUUUACUUUAAUCUUUAACUAUCAAAUGAAUAAAACAAAUUUCGAAUCACACAUCAGCAAUGAUGAAGUACUUAUUAAUUUAUGGGAAGUGAAUUCCUUGACUAAGGCGAAUUCAUUUAGUCUGGGCAAAUGGCCUGACCACAUAUUUCAUCAAGCCUAUAUGCCAACACAUCAAAAUCAAAUGGUUCUCUUAACCUAUUCCACGAAAACACUGAAAACAAGAAAAUCUGGUAUUUUGGCGAUUAAUUUAGAAUUAGGCUGUGUUGAAGGUGAUCUAUCCGUCGCAUAUCCGCUACAAUUAAAAAUUCUGUGUAUUUCACGUAGCAGCAUUCUGGUGACACGAUAUGGACUCAAAGAGAAUGAAGCGAAAAAUACCCUGAGUCAAGGUUAUGCUACAGUCUAUUCUCUUCCGAAUCUUCAACCAAUCACUGGAGUACUGUCUAAAGUUCCCUUACCAUUUUAUAUAUCUCCAACUGAUCGUAUUUGUUUUGGACCAUCCAGGUGGUUAAUUCAGAGUAAAGUUGGUGUGGAUAAAAAAAGAAAACGGAAUAGUACAGAGGAAUUGAAAGAAGCUGCGAAUAAUUCAGUUCAAGUUCGGCUAAGAAAUGCUGUGAAUGAUGUUGUAGCCUGGAUAAAGUGUCCAUUAGCACCGGCUAUAUUUCAAACAAAUAUAAGAGGAGAGAAUCUGUUAAUUGGAUGUAAAAGCUUGGGACAAAUAUACAGAUUUGAUUUAACUACGAUUUCAGGUAAAGAAGUUCGAAUUCUUAAGCCAAACAUGGAGUUAAACUUGUAUAAAAAUAUCAAGAAUAUUAUACAAAACCAAGUGUCAGAAUUGUCAUCUACAGACAAAAAUCCAUUCUUAUGGGAUUCAGAUGCAUUAGCUAUGCUGGAUCAAGCACGUCAUCAAGUAUGCGUACAAGAAUUGUGGGUUUCACCAGAUGAAAAGUAUCUGGCUGCGUUAUAUAAUGUAAAUGACUAUCGUCUGCUAAUCGGCAUAUGGCAAAUCAGUUCAAGAUCAUUAGUAGCAGGUCUUUCCGGCUAUCAAGAUAGUCAAAUACGCUUUGGUAUUGAUACUACAGGUGCCUGUUUAAUACACUUCAUCAAAUCCUCCGAUACGCAUACAUGGAUUGAAUUAGUUGAACUGAAUACAUCUCAACCAGCACAAAUGGCAUCUGGUAGACCUAUAACAACUAAAUCCAGUGCAAAUAUAUCAGUUAGAUUGAAUAGGAUUCCAGCAUUCAAAACUCCCAUAGAUGAAGCAUACUUUAUCCGAGGUGGUAAUCUUAUAGUGGUGACCAACGGAAGUAUUAUACUUACGAGUAUUAAUGUACUCAGUUUAGGCUCAAAAAAUCAAGGUCCAAUGGCGCUGACACUCAUUGGUAAAAAGUUGUCCAGAGUUAAUUAUCAUCCUGAACUCGACAUUGUUUAUUCAACUGAAAUCGGUAAUCAACAGCUAUUCACUUAUUACAAUCUCAUCACCCAAAGAGUUAUUUCUGUUGAAUGCGCUAAAUCUGACGUAGAAGAUCCUUUCAUGAAUAGUUAUGAAGCAGACUUUUUAAUGACCCCAAUAUUGGAAGAUACGCCGUGUGAACGUCAUCUCAGUUCAGAUGGAAAGAGAUUAGCACUGGUUUAUCGUGUUAAAAGUCUUAGUAAUAACGAUAUCAUUAAUAAUCCUUCAAAAGAUGAAUACAAAAAGAUCAAUAGUACUAAUAAUAAUAAUACAAAAGACUACAGAAAACCAAAAUUGCCGAAUAUUAAUUAUUACACAUCUCUACAAGAGAAGAUUAACAGCCCUAUUGGCAUGGGAUAUGAUCAGACAAUUAUUCGUCUUUAUGAUUUAGACAACACAACCAGUGGUACUGGAUUACGAUGUCAAAUAUCGAUUAUAGGCGAAUUUAUAUUUCAUAUGUCAACUAAGCAUGGUAUAUACACUCUGAAACCAGAUCAUGCAAGCAGUACACGCCUGAAUGAUUAUAUAGAUCCAGUGAAAUCUAAUCUUCUCAAAGAUACUCGGAACAAAAAUCCAGCGAAUAAGCUGAACGAACAGCCUCAAGCUUUAUUAUCGCGUUAUGAGUCGACAAAUGGAAGAUUUCUAGGAUAUACAUUCCUACAACAUCCAGUUAUUAAAGGCACACAGAUUGUAUUCAACGAUCGAUAUUUAGUAUUAUGCUGUGGUGAACAUGGACAAUGGAUACGUUUUCUUGAAGCACCAGAUUUUAAAAAGAUUUUAUACGAGGUAAACUUGCAAAAAUUAUUAAAAGAACAUGAUGAUUAUUGUCGAACGCCAAGUGUUCAACGAAUUUUUACAUGUCAAGCUCAACCGACUAUAGUCGUUGUUCAAUAUAUAUGGUUAGAACAAGAUAAUUCAAUGUUCAAUAUAACGGUACUAAAUUUAAAAAACAAGCAAGACAAUGGAUUGAUUAUAAGUCAAAUGUCUGUUGCAGACAAACUUAUUGAUGUCUCUCCUGAUGGUAUAUACGGUUUAGAUGCUAAUUUACGAUUGAUUGAUUUCCGACAGGGAAGUGUAUUAGCCAUGUUGAACUCACCGAAUCUUAUACCAGGUACACAAAAUGAGCCAACUGUAUUAUGUGCACAAUUCACUCCAGACAAGUUAUACAUUGUCAGUGUUUUAUAUUCACUAGAAUAUCAUAAUGCAUGGCUUGUUAUUAUACAGAAUAAUCAAACCUACAAUAAUUAUCCCGUCGUGGGUCGAGCAUUGUUGACACCAAUUGAUGAAACUGCUGCAAUUUCUACAGAUGCUUCAGAAUUACCAAUCAUAAGAAUUCAAUUAGGACAUAAUGGUCGACUAAUAGUUGUAAAGAUGGAUACAGUCAGUGAAUUUAAAUUAUUCACUAUACGAAAACGAACAAAAGGUGUAAAUUUAGUUUAUUCAAAUGCAAACGAUCGAUUAAAAAGUCUACUACCAAUAGACAAAGGUACAUCGGAUGAGAAUAAUUCAUGGUCAAGUAAACAGAAAAAAGCGAAGUAUUUAGAUGAAUUAUUUAUACGUUUUGCAGAAUCCUUAUCAACGAACACUUCAAUGAAUUUAAGCGAGGAUAACUGCGGUAGUAUUGAUGAUGACGGUGGUGGUGAUGACAACGAUGACAAAUAUUAUGCUGACCUACUGGAUAUUGGUAGUAUUAUCUCAAGCCUCAAGCUCAAUAGCGACCUUCUUAAUCAAGGUCAAAGCUAUGGAGACAACAGUUAUUCAGCAGACACUUUAAAGUGUUGA